CGAUAGGGCGUUUCUUGCGGAGGGACGAGGUAAAUUUGACGUUAGGUGAACUUUACGUCAUUAUCUUACGAUGGGUGAGUGCUUGAUGAAUCAGCUGCGACCAUUAUGCUCCUCGACUGUGUUACAGUCAGACAGCACUGUGGGACCACUGUCGACUGCAGCUGUUAACUCCCGUGAAGUGAAGAGAGAGCGGGAAAGAGGUGGAGUGGCGAGAGAGAGGCAGAGAAGUGACACAAAUCAAUGUGAGCACCCAAACCACCAUCACCAGCAGCAGGAGCGGCGGCAGCAGCAGCAGCAGCCUCCCUCGACCUCCAUCACCCCUCUGCCUUUACUCCGAACUGGCCGAGAGAGCGAGCGAGAGAGAGAGAGAGUCACAGGAAAGGCAUCUCCCCAACAACGCAGCAUCCGCAGGAGGAGGUCCAGGCCCACGAGGGGACAAGGUCCAGGCUAAUGGCAGGAAGUCUUUAAAGUUUGCAGCCGCCGCAUUUCAUCUGAGCACAGAGGGGGCCCCCUGGCCACAGACCCCUGCUUUGAUCCUCUCUCCCCCGGUCUGUCUCUUUGUCGGCCCCUCUGUCUGCCUCUCACCACAGCACCAGGCCAGAGCUGCUGGAUGUCUUCCAAGCGACCAGCCUCUCCAUAUGGGGGGACAGAUGGAGAGGUAACCAUGGCAACCAACAGACAGCGAGUGGAGGAUGAGGAGAGCAAGGGACUGGGCGGUGUCAUCCACCUCCCCCUGGCGUCCUACUGUGGCAAGGUGUCCCCUCGCUCGCCCCCCAACCGCAUCUUGGACAGCCCCCCCAACACGGACCAGGAUGGCACUAAGGGGAGCUCCCUGAGCCCCUACGCCCAGCACAACGCUACCUCACCCGGCAAAGAGGAGGGCGGGGGGCGCGCCUGCAGCGACGGGGGCUCGGCCGCGGGCGCCCUGGGGACCCCGGAGCGGCGCAAGGGCAGCCUGGCGGACGUGGUGGACACGCUGAAGCAGCGCAAGAUGGAGGAGCUGAUCAAGAACGAGCCAGAAGAGGCCCCCAGCAUUGAGAGGCUGUUGUCAAAGGACUGGAAGGAUAAACUUUUGGCUAUGGGCUCAGGGCACAUCGGAGAAAUUAAAGGCACCCCAGACAGCCUGGCGGAGAAGGAGCGCCAGCUCAUGGGCAUGAUCGGCCAGUUGAGCAGCCUGAGGGAGCAGCUCCUGGCGGCGCACGAGGAGCAGAAGAAGCUGGCCGCCUCGCAGAUGGAGAAGCAGAGGCAGCAGAUGGAGCUGGCCAAGCAGCAGCAGGACCAGAUUGCCCGGCAACAGCAGCAGCUUCUGCAGCAGCAACACAAAAUCAACCUCCUGCAGCAACAAAUCCAGCAGGUCCAGGGCCAGCUCCCUCCGCUCAUGAUUCCCGUCUUUCCUCCGGACCAGAGGACCCUGGCGGCGGCGGCGGCCCAGCAGGGCUUCCUCAUGCCCCCUGGCUUCAACUACAAGCCCGGCUGCAGUGACCCGUACCCUCUCCAGCUCAUCCCCACAACGAUGGCUGCUGCCGCUGCCGCCACGCCGGGCCUGGGGCCCCUCCAGCUCCAGCAGUUGUACGCGGCUCAGCUGGCGGCCAUGCAGGUCUCCCCGGAGGCCAAGCAGCGCGGAGGCAGCCUGCUGCCCCAAGCCAACCUGGGAACGCACUCCCCACCAGGCAACACACACCCACAGAGCGAGAAGAGCCGCAGCUCCCCGCCACCGAGCAAGACCAAGGACAGUGAGGGUGCACAGCCACUGAACCUGUCGGCCAAGCCUAAGGCAUCUGAGAGCAAGUCACCCAACUCCCCCCCAACUUCCCCACAGGUCCCUGCUGCCGCUGCCGCCCCCAAGCUGGGCCCCGCCAGCUCCAUGAAGCACAGUGUCGCCCCCUCCAGCAUCGGAGGACCGCCGACCCGAGUCAGCUCCAUAGCAGACUUAUUGUCGUCGCUGUCCUCCACCGCCUACCUGAACGACCACGAGGCGGUGAGCAAGGCGUUCGCCGAGGCCCGGCAGAUGAAGGAGCAGCUGAAGAGGGAGCAGCAGGUCCUGGACGCCAAGGUGGCGGCGGUCAGCAACCUCAGCCUCAACAACGGACGCUCGGACAAGGACAAAGCUGCCUUGGAGAGUCUGAGUCAGCAGCUGAAGCAGCAGUCGGAGGACAAGUUCAGCCACGCCAUGCUGGACUUCACCAUGAGCGGAGACUCUGACGGCUCCCCGAGCGUGUCAGACUCCAGGAUAUUCCGCGAGUCCCGGGGCCGCAGCAGCAACGAGCCGCACAUCAAGCGGCCGAUGAACGCCUUCAUGGUCUGGGCCAAGGACGAGCGGAGGAAGAUCCUCCAGGCCUUCCCCGACAUGCACAACUCCAACAUCAGCAAGAUCCUGGGCUCGCGCUGGAAAGCCAUGACCAACCUGGAGAAGCAGCCGUACUACGAGGAGCAGGCUCGCCUCAGCAAGCAGCACCUGGAGAAGUACCCGGACUACAAGUACAAGCCGCGGCCCAAGCGCACCUGCCUGGUGGACGGCAAGAAGCUGCGCAUCGGCGAGUACAAGGCCAUCAUGAGGUCCCGCCGGCAGGAAAUGAGACAGUACUUCAGUGUGGGGCAGCAGGGCCAGCUGCCCCUGUCCUCGGGGGGCGUGGUCUACCCAGGCGCCCUGUCCAUGGCAGGGAUGCCCUCGCCCCAGAUGCCCUCCGAGCACUCGAGCAUGUCCAGCAGCCCCGAGCCCACCGCCAACCACCACCAGGGCGCCCACAUGGGCCUGAAGGGCGACGAGCCGCGCAUCAAGGAGGAGGAGCUGCGGCUGGACGACAACAACGGCGACGUGUACGACGACUUCGACUACGAGGACGAGGAGGCCGACUACGCCAGCGACAACGAGAACCACAUCGCCCAAUAGGAGGGGGUGGGGGAGGGGGCCAGGGCUGGUUUAGGCCCGCAGCAUCCCAGACCCCCGCCAACCAGGAAGAAAACGCCCCUCUUGCCUCACCUCGAGCCCCCUUUUUCACCACCCCCUCCCCCCCUCCCCUCCCGACUAACACGGACUCUUUGGACCAGAGCCGGAAACCCCCCGUCCUCCCACCGGAGUCCUGAUACCAGCAUCCGAUCAACCAGUUGAAGCACAGGACCUGUCACUCACACUGACUGUUACACGAAGCCGGGGUCCGGCGGGCCGAGGCGACCGAGCCGGCUCCGAGAGCUCGAGGGACACCCCAAGUACUACUGCAAGAGAAGGUCCAGCCGCGAGUGGGGACACACCCACACUCAUGACGCGGCGUCUUAGACCCGUUUGUACAAAAGGAGACAUUUUGAAAUGAUAAGCGGAACAGUGGACCUGUCAAAAGGCUCCCAGAUGACACUUUAAGAUGGCGGACCUGUUUAUUAUCAAGAGACACUUUUAAAGAAAAAAAAACAGCUUUUUUGUUCUUUGGUUCUAUAAUAUUCUCACUCAGGUACACGGUGCCAAUAAGUGGCUUGUGAAUGUGAUUUGUUGUUUUUGUGCUACAAGUUUGAAUAAUAAUAGGAAAAAGAGACAUUUCUUUUUUCCCCCUUUUGUUGUAAAGCACCUGAAAGACAUCAGACAUAUUUUUAACAAAACGAUAUCGUUCUUUGACCUCGCAGUGUGCUGUCAGCCCCCCCGGUUCUUUUUUUCCUCCUGUGCUUUUGCGACUCCGACGGGACGGGUCCACACAGGACUGACCAGCGCAGCGUGGACCGUCCCACUUUUGAGUGGAUUUCAGUGUGUGUGUGGGAGGGGGGGGCCAGGAGCCUCUCUACCGUCACGACGAAAAGCACUGUGUUGUGAGACAAUCCACCAGUUCCUUCUCUCUCCGUCCACGUGUCUCAGCCUCAUCCAUCCAUGGGGGGGGGCACGAAACAACAGCACGACUUAUCCUGCAACACCCGAGUGUGUGUGCCUGUGUGUGUGUGCGUGUGUGUGUGUGUGUGUGUGUGUGUGUGUGUGUGUGUGUGUGUGUGUGUGUGUGUGUGUGUGUGUGUGCUCAUGCGCUCACUUAUUGGGCGUUUGCAAAAAAAAAUUUACAUUAAAAAAAACUAAAGGAAGCUAAAGUUGUCCACCGUCCACAAAGACGCCCCCCCCACACACACACACACACACACUGCUGCUGUUAUGAACACACACGCUCACACACACAGACACACACCCGUCGUUCUGUCCGUCAGUGUUGUCCCGCUCCACCGACCAUUGUCGUUCUGCUGUCCCCCAGCGGGCCGAGCCCCGGUGAAGCCAGCCAGUCAGUGUUUAUGUUUGUAUUUGAAUACUGUAUUUUAUUAUUUCUCUUCAAACUGCCUCUAGUCUAAUAAUAUUAUUAACAAUAAUUAUAAGGAUGGUCAACGUUUCCUGAGUUUAGUAAGUUAUGUACAGUAUAAUUUAUUUUUUCCUCUUUAUCAGGUUUUUAUGACCAUAUGAAACUAUGACAGUCAAUGAGACGUUAUUCUAUUUAGCUGUAGGUAUUUAGAUCUAAACAGAAGUCGUUGUUUUAACUUUCUUCUUUAUUUCUUGUUUUGUUCCCAUUUUUUUUGUUUGUCGUUUUGUUUUUUUAUGCGUUCGUUUUGUAUUAAUCCUGCGGACGGCCGGGCGGCAGAGUUAGGACAGUGAGCUGGACUGACAGACUCGACGCCAGCCCUCCUCCGAGCUGAAGACGUAACCUACUCGUGUCCACACCCAUUUCUAAAAAGCACUCAGACUCUGUGCAGUCAGAGGAAAAAGAAGAACAUGUUCUUUUUUUGUAUUAAAUUGUUAUUAUUUUAUUUGUAACGGUUAUUAUAAUGUACAAUGUGAAAUUUCCUCUCUUAUUUUUAUUUUGCUUUUUUCUCCUUUUUUUUGGUGGGAAAUCAGUUUCAUCACUUUUGGAAACUGAUUUCUGUGAACAAAGAGUCCCAUCCCCAUUUACUAGUUUGAGCAUAGUAGCGCAGUGGAACGCCAUUGUCUUGGACGCACACACACAUAAAACGAAGAGAUUAUCAAGACAACCAAACAAAUCGUAUGCUGUCGUUUUCUGUUUCUUGAAACCCUAAUGUUGUAGAUUUUUAGAUCCUGUACAUAUGUUUUUUUGUGAUAGCAGUGAUCAUUUUAAUGAUAGGAAAGCAGUGUUUACCGCGCUCCACCAAUGGCGCUCCACUGUGCUCACGUGUCUGCGGUAUCUUUAAAGUCACUUCUCUUCAGGAGCCCUUUGCCUUGUUUUAGCUCCACAAGCUACAGGAGCCAUGACUACUCUUCAGGUGAUGCUGAAGGUGUGAUGCUCACAAUCACAGUCGCUGUAGAUGUUCGCUACGCACCACAUUAUGAGCCUCUGGGUAUUAGCGUUGCUGUAUAGUCACCCCUGCAAUCACACCGUGGUUUGACCUGAUGCUGGAGAUGAGGGUGAGGGGGGUGGGGGGCAAGUGGAUGAAUCCAUUGUAGGGUGACAGCAGGGGGCAUUAAGAUGUCAAUCAUCCCUGCUGGCAAGGUCUGGCCCCAUAUCAAGACAAUGAAAAUGAUGAUAAUAUUAUUUAAGACAAUCAAAGUCAUGAGUGGAGCUCAAAACAAAGUAAGAAUUAUUACAAGUAAAAAAAAAUAUCUUACCAUCUCAACUUGAAAAAUCAAGAAAGAUAAUUAUGUAAAUAUAACAUAGAGUUAUAGAUUUAUAUUUUGUUCAUAACACAGUGUAAUAUAAGUUGUAUAUUUCUUUUUCUCUCCCUACUGUCUCUUUUAUUGAUGUUAUCCAUGCCACAGAAAAGCAAGAGUCGCAGUACUCGCACAAAAAAAAUAAAGAAAAAUAUCAAAGAAAUAAAGAAAAACAGGAAAAAAAUAAAGCCGUGGGCUGCCACCACCAUCUGUUCUAAGUUCACUUUUUUUUCAGUAUUACUGCCAGACAAGGCUCUAAUAAAGACAGCAAUGUGUUCGGUAAAA